AUGGUGCUCGCACUAGCCCUCAAGGCCGAACUGAACGGCGUCACCGACCUGCGCCCCCUCGACACCGAAGACGCGCCCUUCUACUACACCUUUAAAGUGCAAUGCACCUCCUGUCGCGAGACCCACCCCAACUGGGUCUCGGUCAGCCGCUUCGAGCAGAACGAAGUCAGCGGCAGCAAAGGCGAGGCCAACUUUGUCUGGAGGUGCAAGAACUGUAAGCGUGAACACUCGGCCAACAUCAAGGCCGCCCCAGCCGCGUACGAGCGGACAGACCCGCCCAAGAUGAUGAACAUACUCGAGUUCGACUGCCGAGGGCUGGAAUUCGUCGAGUUCAAGCCAGACGGCGAAUGGCUCGCCAAGGGGGAAGACUCGGGCACCAAGUUUGAAAACAUUGAGCUGCACGAGGGCGAAUGGUUCGAGUAUGACGAGAAGGCGAGCGACGAGGUCAGCAUCACGAAUCUGGUCUGGGAAGUACGACGAGCCUAG